GCACGUCGUGUGCUUGCGCUCGAAGUUGGUGCGGAGCAAGAAGCAGGUGGCUUUCCGCGCCAUAAACGGGCAGUUCCCGAUGAUCAACGUGCCGUGGGACUCGACCAGGGACCCGCCCGACGCUGGAGAUCUGCAUGUCGUCGAGGUCUUAGAUUGGAGGGGCGACAACUUACCUCGCGGUCGGCACGUCAAGAAGCUGGGGAUGCAAGCCAGGGAGACGGACGAGAGCAUCAUGCAGGCGGUCAAGAUCUCCCUCAACCUGUGCGAUUGGGAGGACGACUCCGGCUUUCAAGUGCCCGCGCCCAACGUUCAAGGAGAGUUCGUACAGGCACGUUCGCGCGGCCGUCCGAGAAAGGACCUCCGAGACAAGCACACGGUCAUCUGCAUCGAGCGGGAGGGGUGGCCGGCCAGCAUGGCCUUCUCGGUGCCGUUGUCGCAAGAGGGCGAGAAGGAGGUGUGCAUUCACGUGGUUGACGUCAACGAGUCC